AAAAGGCAAGCAACGACUGUACUGAGAUGUUUAGGGAUAGAGUCAGCCUUUUCCAGGUUGCGUAUUGUCGAAUUGGACCGAAAGAGUCCACUUCUUAACGCUGGAGCUGAUCGGUCCCUCCGACUCAGGGGCCUCACCUACUUAUUGUCAUUUGGUGUAUUAUCCAGUACCACCAACGAACAAACUUGAUUCGAAGCACUGCACAUAACCAGUUCUCAGAAGCCCCUAGCUCAAUAUGGCACCUCUCACCCCUGUCUACUUCUUCUCCCAUGGCUCGACCAUGAUGCUUGGCGAGGAGUCCGAGUCCGCCACAUACUGGAAGAAGGCGGGUGAUGAAGCCCUCGCCAAUAACAUCAAGGGUGUGAUCAUGAUGGGAGCACACUGGGACGCCCCAGGCGACGAGGUCCACGUCGCCACGAAUCCCACCCCCAGCAAGUCGCCCGUAGCCUACGUGCACCCCAGCAAGUACGUGGACUACAAGCUCAACCCGGAUCUCCCAACAGCAGAGCGCUGCAUCGGGCUCCUGAAGAAAGCCGGAUUCGCCGCCUCGGGGGACGCCACCUUCGACUGGAUCCACGACACCUACCUGAUCCUGAUCCGCAUGUUCCCGGCGGGCUGCCCGCCGACGACGCUCAUCUCGGCCAACGAGCGCUACGACCCGCACUUCCACAUGAAGCUGGGGGCCACGCUGCGGCCGCUGCGCAAGGAGAACUACCUGAUCAUCGGGUCGGGGGGCGCCGUGCACAACCUCUACCGCAACCACUGGAUGCCGAUGCUGCGGUUCUCGGACAACUUUGCGCAGGAGCGGCCGCCGGAGUCGUGGGCGCUCGAGUUCCGCCAGGCGGUGGAGGACGUGAUCAGGAACAACACCGGCCCCAGGCUGAGGAGGGCCAUGACGCGGCUGAUGAAGCAUCCGCUCUACCGCGACGCUCACGGCACGGAUGACCACUUCAUGGCUGCCAUGUUUGUGGCUGGCGCGGCAGGGGAUGAGGAAGAUGAGGGGGUUCAGGGGGAGUUGGCGGCCGAGACGUGGGAAUUGACGAAUAUGUGUAACAGUCAGUUUGUUUGGGGGAGGUGGCCCAAGGGUUCGGUGUUGGCGGCGGCGUCGUAAUUUGGAGGGUUUUUGUGUAGCAAUAAGAUGAAAGCUGUAUCCGGUGAGGCAGUACUCGGCCCCGACUCUGAACAUCCAUUGUCAAGGAAAGACGUUGAGAGAGAAUGAGACCUCAUGGCGCGGGUCUUACUCAACUAAUACCUACACAGGUACAUACCGAACAUACCUAAGCUAGGUGUACCUUACCUUGUAGCUUAUUCUUAUCCACACUCACCUGCCU